ACGGCCCCCCCAACACCAGGGCUCCCCCCAUCUCCCCCCAUCUCAGUCCGUCCCGCGUCCAGCUGCUGCAGCCGCGCCUUCACUGUCUCGGCAUCCAGCCGCCCCCUGUUCUGGCCCGGCAUGGCGACCCCGACUCAGGCCCCCACAAAUGUUCCUCAGGAACCUGACCCAUUUUACUAUGACUAUGACACUGUGCAGACUGUGGGCAUGACUCUGGCUACCAUAUUUUUCCUGCUGGGCAUUUUCAUCAUCAUCAGCAAGAAGGUGAAGUGCAGGAAGGAGGACUCCAGGUCUGAGAGCCCAACAUGCAAAUCCUGUAAGUCGGAGCUUCCCUCCUCAGCUCCUGGAGGUGGCGGCGUGUAAAACCAACCCCGGCACCUCCACUGCAGUCCCUGCCCGAGUGCGGGAGCCUGAGGACGGGGUGGAGGCGGUGGGGACCCCAGCCUUGUGCCGCUGGGGAGCACUCCCGGGAAUGAGCCGCCCCACCCACCCCGAGGCAGGAGCCGCUACACCCUGCUGCC